UCCACUGAAGCUAACAUGUGCAAGAGAUUUGAAGAUGGGCUUAAUGAUGACAUCCGACUAUCAGUGGGUGUAUUGGAAAUCAGAGAGUUUGUUGUUCUGGUAGAAAGAGCUUGUAAAGUAGAAGACUUGUUAAAAGAAAAAGAGAAGAGCAAAGCUGAAGCUGGAGUGCAGGAUACAAAGAAGAGGCAAAUGAGUAAAUCAUUUCAGUCUACAUCUAAGAGGCCUAGGGAGCUCUCUAGCGGAUCACAUUUUCCACAUAUAUAUUCUGGUCGAAGCAGAAGUAGAAGAUUCGAGGGUUUUAGAGCUCAAACCACUACAGUUGCAAGUACAGGCAGUACUCGACCUCCUAGGCCUGAAUGUUCUCGAUGUGGGAGACGCCACCCCGGAGAGUGUAGAGCAGGUGAAAAUGUUUGUUUUAGAUGUGGAGCAUCCGAUCACUUUAUUCGGGAUUGUCCUGAAACAACUAAAAGAGAAGAAAUAACGAGUGCGAGAUCAGGUAAUGCUCCUACCAGAGGUAGACCGCAGAGAAACCCAGGAGUGGGGGCGAGUAAUAGGGGUGCAUCCAGAGAUUCAGCGGUUAGAUCAGAUGUUAGAGCACCUGCAAGAUCAUAUGCUAUUCGAGCUCGUGAAGAGGCGUCCUCUCCUGAUGUAAUUGCGGAUCAAGAAGUACGAAACUCGAGGUUAGACAAAGGGAAGAAUAAAGUUGAAGACUAAGUUGGUGAAUUUAGCCAUAAUUGGUACCGAGUAUUGCAAAGCUACUUCAAGGAUCCUAAAGAAGUCGGAGAUCGUCCACACUAUCAACCACA